UUUCCACAGACAACAUCAUCAACUUUAAAAGGUGCCAUCCAGUUGGGUAUUGGAUAUACUGUUGGAAACUUAACUUCCAAACCAGAAAGGGAUGUCCUGAUGCAGGAUUUCUAUGUUGUGGAAAGUAUUUUCUUUCCAAGUGAAGGAAGUAAUCUAACACCUGCCCACCAUUAUCCAGACUUCCGUUUUAAGACCUAUGCUCCUGUCGCCUUCAGAUACUUUCGAGAACUUUUUGGGAUUCGACCUGAUGACUAUCUUUAUUCUCUGUGCAAUGAGCCUCUGAUUGAGCUUUCUAACCCUGGGGCAAGUGGGUCUCUAUUUUAUGUCACAAGUGAUGAUGAAUUUAUUAUCAAGACAGUAAUGCAUAAAGAGGCCGAAUUCCUUCAGAAACUGCUUCCUGGAUAUUACAUGAACCUUAACCAAAACCCUCGGACUCUCUUGCCCAAGUUCUAUGGCUUGUACUGUGUUCAGUCAGGCGGGAAGAAUAUCCGUGUUGCUGUGAUGAACAAUAUCUUACCACGGGUAGUCCGUAUGCAUUUUAAGUAUGACCUUAAGGGCUCUACCUAUAAAAGACGUGCUUCCAAAAAAGAGCGAGAGAAAACAUGUCCUACGCACAAAGACUUGGACUUCAUACAAGAUUCACCUGAAGGAUUGCUUCUAGAUGCGGAUACCUUUAGUGCAUUGGUUAAGACCUUACAAAGGGACUGUCUGGUUUUAGAGAGCUUCAAGAUUAUGGAUUACAGCCUUCUUUUAGGAGUGCACAACAUAGAACAACAAGAGAAAGCACGACAAACAGAUGGAACUCAAAGUCAGGUUGAUGAAAAGAGGCCUGUUGGACAGAAGGCUCUGUAUUCCACCGCAAUGGAAUCCAUUCAGGGUGGUGCAGCUCAUGGGGAAUCCAUAGACACAGAUGAUACAAUGGGAGGUAUUCCAGCUGUCAGUGGAAGAGGGGAACGUCUGUUACUGUACAUAGGAAUUAUUGACAUAUUGCAGUCAUACAGAUUUAUAAAAAAGUUGGAACACACAUGGAAAGCUCUUGUUCACGAUGGGGACACGGUUUCUGUACACAGACCAGGCUUCUACGCUGAACGUUUCUUCAAGUUCAUGACCAAUACAGUGUUCAGAAAGACAUCAUCUCUGAAAUCAUCACCAUCCAAAAAAGGAAGAAGUGCCCUUCAGGCUCCACAUUCUGUAGGUCCCUCUUCAGCGUGCUCUGCAGGACAGAUUUCAGUUGAACACGAAGAAGGGCAGUAUGAGCUUCGUGGAGCAAGUAGCUGCCCAACCUUGGAUGACAAUGGUAAUUUAUGCAAUGGCUUAAACAUUUUUUUUGCGAUCUCUGAUUCAUACAGAUUUCCCUUCACUUCCUGUCUUGUAGACUUGACAGAAAGUGAGAAGAUAUAUUUUGAAUGUGGAGAAAGGUAUUCCUAG